UAAAUAAAAACAUAAACACUAACAUUAAACAAUACUCCGACUUUGGCUGGGGCUAAUGGUUGGUUACUGGCCUAGUCUAAGCUUAAUUCAACAACACCACAACCUUUUUUUUUCUACAUCUCAGAAAGAAUUAAGGUUCAUUUCUAACUCCCUUCCAUGGCUGAAUUAAGGUCCAUUUCAACAACUCCCUUCAAUUCUUCUUACUUUCCCUCUCACCACCAUUGCUCCCCAAAGUUGAGCACUUUAAGACCCAGAAAUCAAAAGUUGAAGCUUUAUGUCUCUGAUAAACCCCUUGUUUUCAGUAAUUACAACCCCCUAUGCUACUUGAAAUCUGGGUUUGUUAAUCCCAAGUGUUCUUCUCAUUUUUAUGGUGUUGAAUUUGGUGGAAUUAGGCCCAGAAGCCAAAAAUGUGAAAGUUUCGCAAUUGGGUGCUCUAAAUUCUCAGUCUUCAGUAAUAACAAGCUCACUGGUACAGGUUCAAGGUGUCAUCGUAGUUCAAAUGAGCUGGGGGCCAUCAGAGGCAUAGUCUCAGUGGGAAGUUUAGAUAGGAAUAAUAAGAAGAGUAGGGUCAUUUCAAAUUCUAGCUCAGUGCUGAAUUUGGAUAAAGAUGUGAAGAAAAAGAAAGGGGGUGGUGAUAAUUACUAUGAUGCCAUUGUUAUUGGAUCAGGAAUAGGAGGCUUGGUAGCAGCCACCCAGCUGGCAGUGAAGGGUGCCCGGGUUUUGGUUUUGGAAAAAUAUGUGAUUCCUGGUGGGAGCUCUGGAUAUUACCAGAGAAAUGGCUAUACUUUUGAUGUUGGUUCUUCUGUGAUGUUCGGUUUCAGUGAAAAGGGUAAUCUAAAUUUAAUUACACAAGCAUUGGCAGCAGUUGGUUGUGAGAUGCCAGUGAUACCUGAUCCAACAACAGUCCAUUUCCAUCUGCCCAACAACCUUUCUGUGCUUGUUCAUAAAGAGUACAGUGAAUUCAUAGCUGAACUUACGACUAAGUUUCCCCAUGAAAAGGAAGGGAUCCUCCAAUUCUACGGCGAAUGCUGGAAGAUCUUCAAUGCCUUAAACUCACUGGAGCUAAAGUCGCUUGAGGAGCCAAUCUAUCUUUUUGGGCAGUUCUUCCAGAAGCCUAUUGAGUGCUUGACACUUGCCUACUAUUUGCCUCAAAAUGCUGGAGAUAUAGCUCGGAAGUAUAUUAAAGAUCCUGAGUUGUUGUCUUUUAUAGAUGCAGAGUGUUUUAUAGUAAGCACAGUUAAUGCUUUGCAGACACCAAUGAUAAAUGCAGGCAUGGUCCUGUGUGACAGGCACUAUGGUGGAAUCAACUACCCUAUUGGGGGUGUUGGUGGAAUAGCAAAGUCAUUAGCUAAAGGCCUCAUAGAUCAAGGAAGUGAGAUACUCUACAAGGCAAAUGUGACAGAAAUUAUGAUUGACCAAGGCCAAGCUGUGGGAGUAAGGAUUUCAGAUAAACGUGAAUUCUUUGCCAAAACAGUAAUAUCAAAUGCUACUCGAUGGGAUACCUUUGGAAAGCUAUUAAAAGGAAAAGACCUUCCAAAGGAAGAGGAAAAUUUUCAGAAAGCUUAUGUGAAGGCCCCAUCUUUUCUUUCGAUUCACAUGGGAGUUAAAGCUGAGGUUCUACCACCAGAUACAGAUUGCCAUCACUUUGUUCUCGAGAAUGAUUGGACAAGACUUGAGAAGCCAUAUGGAAGCAUUUUUUUAAGUAUUCCUACUGUUCUUGAUUCAUCACUUGCACCGGAAGGGCGCCAUAUUCUUCACAUAUUUACAACCUCUUCCAUAGAAGACUGGGAGGCACUCUCUCCAAAAGAAUAUGUGGAAAAGAAGGAACGUGUGGCAAAUGAAAUCAUUAGCCGAUUAGAGAAGAAGCUAUUUCCAGGACUAAGAUCAUCCAUUGAUUUUAUAGAGGUGGGGACACCAAAGACGCACAGGCGGUACCUAGCUCGUGAUAAGGGCACUUAUGGACCAAUGCCUCGUGGAACUCCAAAAGGCUUGUUAGGAAUGCCGUUCAAUACAACAGCCAUAGAUGGUCUGUACUGUGUUGGUGAUAGCUGCUUUCCCGGACAAGGUGUUAUAGCUGUAGCCUUCUCAGGAGUAAUGUGUGCUCACCGCGUAGCUGCUGAUAUUGGGCUUGAGAAAAAGUCUCCCUUAUUGGAUGCUGCCCUCCUUCAAACUCUCAGUUGGUUGAGGUCAUUGGCUUGAAAAUUAUGCCGGAAAAUACAAAAUUCAAUGUGUGUUGAUGUAAUGCAUUGAUUGCUUGCAAGAGCAAAUACAAAUCGUUAAAGCACAUAGAUAUGCACUCUCCAUUUCUUUAGUAGGAGCUCAAUCAAUGAAUCAAUAUCAGCCAUUGAAUCAACUUGGUUCAUCAAAGUUUUCUGCAUUCCUAUCUCCUAUGAUGAAAGUAAGUAAAGGGCCUGUAGAGUGGUAUGCCUGAUGAUUGCGAAAGGUGAUUUCUUUCUUUUUUGGGGGGGAUGAAUGGAGGGGCAAGGGGAAAUUAAAUGUAAACAAAAGCAACAUCAUUUCUUACAAAAUAAAGAGGUUUCUUUUAUCA